UUGGAGUGGUUUGCGGGGAAUUGGUAAUCACAGAAGCAGUAGCUUAGUACAGUGUGCCAUGCAGUGUAUUUAAAAUAUUGAGAUAGUGGUUACAUAAUAAGCCAGGGAGGCUGUUUCUUAGGUCUAAUUUGUUUCUUGGGAAUGUAGAAGAAGUAAAGAAGUAUAUUAAUAGAUUAAGAUACCAGUUCACGGAGCUGGAUGAUAAAAAUCUCUGCUUGAGUGAAAACAUUUAAGGAUUAUUUCUUUUAAGCAUUUAAGCAUUAUUUCUGUCUGAACCCCAGUGUACCAUGAAAAACUGAGGCAAGACAGCCUGCCUGCCUGCCAAAUGAUGGGGGACGUGGGAGGGGCCACUGGUCCUGUAUGAAAAAGGUGGCACCUUGGAUUUUUAAAAAUGAAUGUUGGACCUGUGUGUGUUAUUUGACCGGGUUCUUAAAAAUACUUAAGGAAAAAAAAAAUUGAAGUGGGUUUUAUCUAGUAUACUGAAUUGGUCUACAAUUCAUGGUAGGGAAAUUUUAUAUAUAGUAUUCCAUUGGGAGGUAACCUGUACCUUGGAGCUUUUAAGAUCAUUGUUUUGGGGGGUGGGGAGGGGGAGGAAUCUGCCAUGUUGCCACUUGUGCCAGGCUGCAGAUGGCCCAUGAAGGUGGUUUGUUAGGUCAUUCAGGAGGGAGAUGCAUAGUGCACCUAUGAUUUAUGUUUUAGAAAUAGAUGUUAAACUUUGGUUUGAAUGAAAAAUGUCUCUCAAUCCAUCUAUAUUUCUCAAAGAAAAGGAAGAAAAUAAUUCAAAAUUUGUAGAAAUACAGCACUCACAAACUACUUCCAUAGCUGCAGAAGAUCCUUUUCAAAACUUAUGCUUAGCAUCUCAAGAAGUUCUUCAAAAAGCUCAACAAAGUGGAAGAUCAAAAUGUCUCCAAUGUGGUGGUUCAAGAAUGUUCUAUUGCUAUACAUGUUAUGUCCCAGUUGAAAAUGUACCUAUUGAACAGAUGCCACUUGUGAAGCUUCCACUGAAGAUUGACAUCAUUAAACAUCCAAAUGAAACAGAUGGCAAAAGUACUGCUAUACAUGCAAAACUAUUAGCACCUGAAUUUGUAAAUAUUUACACGUAUCCUUGUAUUCCAGAAUAUGAAGAAAAGAACCAUGAAGUUGCACUUGUUUUUCCUGGACCUAAGUCUGUCUCAAUAAAAGAUAUUUCUUUUCAUCUGCAAAAAAGGAUUCAAAAUAAUGUUAAAGACAAAAAUGACGACCCCGACAAGCCAUUUAUUAAACGCAAGAAAACUGAAGAACAGGAUUCGAAUGACAGCAAGUGCCAAGACACAACACUGAAAAAAAUUAUAUUUAUAGAUAGCACUUGGAACCAAACAAACAAAAUAUUCACUGAUGAGAGACUUCAAGGACUGUUACAAGUUGAGUUGAAAACAAGAAAAACUUGCUUUUGGCGCCAUCAGAAAGGAAAGCCAGAUACCUUCCUUUCCACAAUUGAAGCCAUUUAUUAUUUUCUGGUAGACUACCACACUGAUAUAUUAAAAGAGAAAUACCAAGGACAAUAUGACAAUCUCUUAUUUUUCUACUCUUUUAUGUACCAAUUGAUAAAGAAUGCCAAAUGCUCUGGAGACAAGGAAACAAGAAAACUUAUCCAUUAGUUUUUAAGAAGCUACUAUGUCAUUUUAUUUUGCUAAAAAUCAAUAAACCUAAAUUGUGCUUUCUUUA